GUGGGGUUUUUAAAUAAUUUCCGCAAGGAGAUCUCAGAGCGACGUCGUUUCAGCGAUUUGCUCCCGAUUAGAAUUGGCAGAGAAAGAGAAACCCUAAGAUAGAAGAAAUCCCCAAAUUGGGGCAAUGGCAAUCGCCAGGACGGGAGUGUACGUAGACGACUAUCUUGAAUACGCAAGUACGUUGCCUGCUGAGCUGCAGAGGCUUCUGAACACAAUUCGAGAACUGGACGAACGCUCUCAAUCGAUGAUACACCAGACGAGGCAGCAGACCAAGCACUGCUUGGGAUUGUCAAAGAAAUGGAACAGCGAAGAAGAUGAGGCCUCCAUUGACAAAAUGCGUAAAGAAAUUGAAGCCAAUCAGGAGAAUGCAGUCAGUCUCUGUACUGAGAAGGUUUUGCUCGCAAAACAAGCUUAUGACCUGAUAGAUAGUCAUGUGAAACGACUCGACGAGGAUCUGAACCACUUUGCAGAAGAUUUAAAGCAAGAAGGAAAAAUAUCACCCGAUGAACCAGCAAUUCUUCCUCCAUUACCCAUAGUAGUCCCCAAAACUGAAAAACGAAAGCCCAUUUAUGGAACACCUCAAUCAAAAAGGUUUGAUUAUAGGGAUAGGGAAUGGGAUCGAGAGCGUGACAGGGACUUUGAGCUCAUGCCGCCCCCAGGAAGCCACAAAAAGGAAUAUGCUAUUCCCAUGGAUGCUGAUCAACCAAUUGAUCCAAAUGAACCUACCUACUGUGUUUGCCAUCAGGUGUCUUUUGGAGAUAUGAUUGCCUGUGACAAUGAAAAUUGCCAAGGAGGCGAAUGGUUCCAUUACGCAUGUGUUGGGCUCACACCAGAGACGAGAUUCAAGGGAAAGUGGUAUUGUCCAACAUGCAGACUACAACCACAAGGUCAAUAGUUAGUUAUAUGAAUCUAAUGCUGGUUUCCAAGUACUACUUUUCCUAAGAAAGAUGGGAGGUUAUGACUUCACUCUAUAGAGUUAGGAUUGUAAUAGAGUUGUGAUCUACUCAAAUUCUUACAUGUAUGUAUCUAUUUCUUCUCUCUUUUGUCACGGGAAGUUCACUUCCCCUUCUCUCUUCUGACAAGGAAAUUGAUUGCCCUUGACCCUUGAUAAGGCUUGGGUACGGAAUGUAGUACCCAUGAAAAUAUAAUUGUUUGCUUGAAAUAUGUUUGUUGCAAUGAAAUUAGCCGAGCAAUGGCAGAUUUAGGGACUUUGAAA